ACAGACAGACACGUACAGACACACACAGACACACACAUAGACACACACACAGACAGACACACUCACACACAGACACAUGGGCUGGACACACACAAAGCCCCCUCUCCUCUCCCAUCACCUACUGUAAUUACAGCGCAGGCAGACUGACUGGACCCUGGCACUCGCUCUGUUAUUGUUUUUGACAACUUCCUCUGCUGACAGACUGGGGACUAACUGACUGGGGCUGUAUGACUCCGACCACCAGCUGGGGCCCAUGUUGUCAUAGCGUUAGCUGGAAACCAAAUUGGGGACUCCAUUGGAAGGUUGUAGAGAUGGGGGGUGCUGCCAUGCUCACAGUGCUGCUAGCUGGGAUGUGCCUGUGGAGCUCCACCACUCAUACAGAUCAGUCAUCUGUGGGGUCAUCAUCAGAGGGCCCUGACGACAGCACCAACCUUCUGUGUACAUGUGAGAACAACAAGGGGACGUGUAGGAACGGCACCUGUAGGGGUGACUACUGCUUCUACACCAAGGUGCACGGCAGAGAGGAGAGGGGCUGCUUCCAGAGGGACCACUACAAGGAGCAGUGUUACACCAACUUCCUGGGACUGUCGUCCUCUGCUGCUCCAAUAACCUCUGUAAUGUCAACAGCUCCGCUCCACCAGACCCAGCUCCGCUCCACCAGACCCAGGUCAGAACACUGGAGAUACAUGUUCUUUAGUCGAGAACCCUCUCUCUGUAAUGUCAACAGCUCCGCUCCACCAGACCCAGCUGUUGAGCCUACGAGGGAGGGGAACGGUGUGAUUCUGCUGGUGGCUGUCCCCCUGCUGCUGCUGCUCAUCCUGUCUGUGGGUGUGUGUGGCCUGGUGUUGUGGCUCCGCUCCAGAUCACAGCACCACAGGCUUGGCUACAGCAAGGACCAUGACGUCACCAUGCUCAAGGUCCCCAGUGGGGCAGAUCCCACCUAUGGGGAUGUCUUUGAUGAGUUCUGUACCUCAGGCAGUGGGACUGGACUGCCAUACCUGGUACAGAGGACCAUGGCUCGACAGAUCUCUCUGGUCGAGUGCAUCGGUAAGGGCAGGUAUGGAGAGGUGUGGAGAGGCACCUGGAUGGGAGAGAGUGUUGCAGUGAAGAUCUUCUCUUCCAGGGAUGAGCAGUCUUGGUUCAGGGAGACAGAGAUUUACAACACUGUACAGCUCAGACAUGACAACAUCCUGGGCUUCAUAGCAUCUGACAUGACGUCUCAGAACUCCACUACUCAGCUGUGGCUGAUCACCCACUUCCACCAGCUGGGUAGUCUCUACGACUUCCUCCAGUACAGCAGCGUGGACCCAGAGGGCUGCCUAAGGAUGUGCCUGUCUGUAGCCUGUGGUCUGGUCCACCUUCACACAGAGAUACUCAGCUGCCAGGGCAAACCCGCCAUCGCCCACCGAGACCUGAAGAGCCGAAACAUCCUGGUCAAGAUGAACGGACAGUGCUGCAUCGCUGACCUGGGUCUGGCUGUGAUGCAUUCCCAGACCAGUGACUAUCUGGAUGUGGGGAACAACCCCAGAGUGGGAACCAAACGUUACAUGGCCCCGGAGGUCCUGGACGAGAGCAUCCGCAUGGACAUCUUUGAGUCGUACAAGCAGACAGACAUCUGGGCCCUGGGCCUAGUCCUCUGGGAGAUUUCCAGAAGAACCAUAGUAAAUGGGAUAGUGGAAGAGUACCGUCCACCCUUCUUUGACAUGGUGCCCUCUGACCCCAGCUUUGAGGAGAUGAAGAAGGUGGUGUGUAUGGACAAGCAAAGACCCAGUAUGCACAACAGGCUGCACUCCCACCCGAUCCUGUCUUCCAUUACCAAGAUAAUGAAGGAGUGUUGGUUCCAGAGCCCUCCAGCCCGCCUAACAGCUCUCCGUGUCAGGAAGACCCUCUCCAAGCUGGACCAGGACCAUGACUACCCCACAGAGAAACUCAAAAUGGAUCUGUAGGCCUCAACUCCAGACUACAAGCAGGACGUCUAGACCAUAACAUAAGACUACAACCAGCACACCAACAAUAGGGCUGAUAGUCUUUUAUAGAGACUAUCUAUAUCCUUUGCUACUAUGUAAGACUCUCAGUGUCCCAUAUUUCUGGUGCCUCUUCCUAAAAGGCCCUCACCAACCUUCUGUAUACUGCCUGGUUCAUUUAAUCAGGAAUACGAUAGAAGAAUUGUAUGCAUUUGCUUUGGCAUAUUAAUUUGGCGAGAUCGGGAAUGGGACAAGCAUAAGCAUAGACAAAUGAGGACUUGGAUUUUUGAAGAGUUUACUGAAAGGACUUCCAUAGAACAUGGACAUUGUUUUCUCCUAGCGGCCCCACAGAGAUCAUCAGAGUUUGGUCCUUGUUAUAGCCUUAUCCUGUGAUGCUUUGGGGAUGGACGUGCCGCCUUUGGAUCAGUGAGGGCGUGAUGUAUGAUCAGAAUGAUCAUUGCAAGAGGUCGUUAAUGUCUUGCUAGUGCCUUAUUUGUUUUGAUGCACUAUACAGAAUCUAUACAUAUUCAUUGAUUUUGUAUAUCCUGGAAGCCUUUAGAGCUGACCAUAAACAGUACCCUGAUAAUGUGUUACUCAUGAUCAUAGUAUAUGCCCAGAGAUAAUGAAUUAGUUGUAUCUAACAAUAGAAUAAUGUAUCUUUCACCAGCAUUGAAUUUACUGUAAAAGCUGCUCAAAGUUAAAGUACCUAUGUAUAUUAAGAUAUUUAUGUAUUUCUAUUUGUCUUUUAUCUGAAAUGAUAUAUGCAAUACUUUCAGCGUAGAAAUACUAUCAUUAUCAUCACUACCAUUCAACAUUAAGGGAAUAAAAAACAUUACAUCGA